AUGACGAUGGUCAUUGACAACCAAGGUCGACACUACGGCGGCAUAACUUACGAUCACAUGUAUCCCAACAUGCAUACAACACCGCAAUUUAGCGAUCCCUGGUCUCAUCAGACCAGCACCUCCAGCUCUUCCUUUCCAGCUCUAUCCAAGACGGACGGUGCGAGAACUGGCAUCUCUAUGCCCUACUCUCACAUGCCCCCAGUUACUGGCUCAAUGGCUCAAGGUAGCGCCUUCUCCAGCACUGGCUUUUCUGCGACGGAUUUGCUAAGUUACCCUCAAGACAUGCCGCGCCCCAAUUACGGCGAGCAAGCCUAUUCUUCGCCAGCGGUGACAUCGGCCUCGUAUGCGCCGUCGUACUCUUCCCUCAGCUACGCCCAGUCUAUGCACCAACAGCAGCAGCAACAACAACAUAGAAAAUUGUCAGACACAAUUGAUACUUCCCGUGCCGCAAAUGCUAGUUUUGGAGAAUUGGAUGCCUCUCGUGGCAUGUUGGCUCUCAGCCACCAAAAUCUGCAAGACCUGACCCCCCGGAACAUCUAUGAGGCUCGAGCCCAGAGAGCGUCUGCAGACUCCUACGGGUUUCCGCAAGCCUCUUCGUCCCAUUCAUCGAUUUCGACCGAAUCUGGUCGCGGAUAUGCCUAUUACGCGCCCAGCUCUGUCGGUUCUGUGACCGAUUCUGCGACAGACUAUAGCUCUGCUGCAUCUGACGCCGGGUACGAGUCCAUGGCAGCUUCUCGAACAUUGCCUCGCCCUAAUCAGCUGUUGGGUCCGCCUCUGGGACCUCCUGCUCCCCAGUCAAUGAUGGGUCAAUUCUCUUCCAAGAUGGCUGCCAACACUCAGAAGAAGCACAAAUGCAAGGUCUGCGACAAACGGUUCACCCGACCGAGCUCCCUACAGACACACAUGUACAGCCACACAGGUGAAAAACCCUUUGCAUGUGACGUUGAAGGUUGCGGGCGUCACUUCUCCGUUGUUUCCAACUUGCGCCGGCACAAAAAGGUGCACAAGGGAGAUUCAAUGUCCAGCGCCAGCCAUUCGGAUAUUGAGGAGUAA